AUGUCUGUGGAAAAAAUGGCAAAGGUGGACAAGGGGCCUGGGCAUGGCAAUGGAGGUGACACAGGGCUACAGAACUCACUUUUCUUGCAGAGUUUUGAAAGGGCCCUGGAACUUCGGAAGAUGGUUGACAGAAGCAGCCUCAUUGAUGGGGUUUUUGUUCCCACUCCUAACUCUAACCCAUUCGACCCCUACCUUUAUACCUGGGGCAGGUGGCAAAAUUCACACACUCACUGUAUGUGGCAGAUGACAUUGAGCCAGAGGAGAAACCCCUAUGCCUACCUAAGGAUGCAGGACACCAUGGUACAGGAGUUGGCACUGGCCAACAAGCAACUACUGGUGGUCCGUCAAGCUGCUCUGCACCAGCUGCUUGAAAAGGAGCAUCGGCAGUACCAACAGGAACUGAGACAGACGGGCAAAGCUUUUUACGUGGAGAGACUCUGAUGGCAUCCGAAGCACUGCCCUUCCAUUUAACCGCGUCUGCUCACCUAGCCGCCUUGAGCCCCCACUACCUUGACCGUCCUUCCCCAAACACACCUGUAUCUAGUUAUCCGCCCGGGACUUAGCACGGUGCUCCCGCGCUCAACCCCUUUCUCACGUCAACCCCUGAUG